AUAUAAGACGGAGGGAAAAAUGAAAUCUCUGAGUACUAUUUGAAAUUAGAUGCAGUUUAUUUGAAGCCUUUUAAAGUGUUUUUUUUUUUUUAUAUUUUAGAUAUAGAUUUUGAUCGCAAACUCCAUCUAAGAAAAUGAGAGGAAAUCGUCCCACUGAGUUCCCAGAUGACUUCUGGAUCCCCGUCCCUCUGGACACCAACAAUAUCACAGCCUUCAGCCCAUACCUGGUUCCCCAAGACCAUUUAGGAAGCCCGAUGAUCUUUUAUUCCAUGUCAGCAUUUAUGUUCUUCUUGUGGGUGGCCGGCACAAUCAUCAAUGUCCUCACUAUCGCAUGUACUGUCCAAUACAAGAAGCUCCGGUCUCAUCUAAACUACAUCCUGGUGAACAUGGCUGUUGCGAACCUCCUCGUCUCCUCUGUGGGCUCUUUCACCUGCUUCAUCUGUUUUGCUUUUAAAUACAUGUUCCCUGGUCCAAUUGCAUGCAAGAUUGAAGGAUUUACAGCAACUCUUGGUGGUAUGGUUAGCCUGUGGUCUCUUGCUGUGGUAGCAUUUGAAAGAUGGUUGGUUGUGUGCAAGCCACUUGGGAACUUUGCCUUCAAGUCCAGCCACGCUAUAGCAUGCUGUGGAUUGACUUGGGUCUGCGGUCUGAGCGCUGCACUUCCACCUCUGUUUGGAUGGAGCAGGUAUAUCCCAGAGGGCAUGCAGUGUUCCUGUGGCCCAGACUGGUACACAACAGGCAACAAGUUUAACAAUGAAACCUACGUGAUGUUCCUCUUCUGCUUCUGCUUUGCUGUCCCUUUCUCCACCAUCGUCUUCUGCUACUCACAGCUGCUGUUCAUGCUGAAAGCGGCAGUAAAGGCCCAAGCAGAGUCUGCCUCUACCCAGAAGGCAGAGAAGGAAGUGACCAGGAUGGUGGUGAUUAUGGUGCUGGGCUUUCUGGUGUGCUGGAUGCCAUAUACCUCCUUUGCCAUCUGGGUUGUGAAUAACCGUGGGCAGCCAUUCGACCUGAGACUGGCCACCAUUCCUUCCUGUUUCUCAAAGGCCUCCACAGUCUACAACCCAGUCAUUUACAUCCUCCUCAAUAAGCAGUUCCGCUCGUGUAUAAGGCAGAUGCUGGGAAUGAGCGGAGGUGACGAUGAAGAGUCAUCAAGUCAAUCCACCACUGAAGUCUCUAAAGUUGCACCUGCAUAGGUUACUCGUGCCCAAUUUGGACAGCUCGCAUACUGAACAUAGCACAGAAAUGCUAAUAAUGUGACAAACGUAUUUUUGCUAUUGUUACAGAUACAUAGUUUUAUGCAGUAAAAAUGUUUAACAAAAAGGAAAUAAAUUUCAUUGAUGAAGCAACUAUUUGUGUCUUUAAAAGGCUCAUCACUGCACAUAAUGAUGGACAUGAUACUAAAGCAUACCUUUUUAGCAUUAGAUUUUAUUUUAACAAUCUUGUUUUGUUUAGUUUUUAGUUGUUUUUUUUUUCCAGUAUAACAUUCAGGUCAUGAAAACCCAUAUUAGGUUUCAGAAAUACUUACAGUAUGAUAGAAAUAUGUGUAAAUAUGUUUGAUAAGUUGUGCUGCAGUUAUUAUAGGAAGCCCGAAAUAAUAUAUUUGUUUAUCUUUUUAAUGUGUAGUGGUGUAGUGCAAGAGAAAACCAAUAAACUGGACACAAUGUUGCUGCUUA